AUGGUGGUAACUGAAAAUCUAACCUCCAACCUGGUUGACGGGAGCAGGAUCAGAAGCCCUAACUUUUUCUCCCUUCUUUCAUCUUUUUCUCAUUCCCAGGUUUAUGACAGACUACAAAAGCAUUCUGCUGUGCACUAUGAUCCCAUUCUCCAGCAAGACUUCACCAGUGACACCUUAAAAUUGCGGCACCAGCAAAAAAGCAACAACCAGCAUCAUCUCGACUGGUCAGUGAGCUCUGAAUCUGCGCCAGCUCCUCAAGCCUGCUUCAUUGCCCCAGAGCCACACCGAGAAGCCACCAAGAUCCCUGGUUCGGAGCCCACUGUAUCUUUCAGCAAGUCCCAAGUGAAGAAAUCUAACGCCAGCAGCACCUGGGCUCAGUUGUCAAAUGGUAAUAAUAAAGACUUUGCAGCAUGCAGUGAAGUCCCAGGGUCAAAUAGUCUCAGCGCAACUUCCCAGCCAAACAAACUGUCUGAUUGCAAUGGUUUUUCACCCCUAUUGAGUCAAGAGGGAGAGGGACAGGUAGACGCCGUCAACCAACCCACUGGCAGCACAAAGAAGAAAUCCAGUAAGAAAGACUUGAUCAACCAAACCAUCCAAAAUGCAGACAUAGAAUGGGUGAAAAAUCCUCAGAAGUCAUUUGAAGCCAAAACCCAUGACAGCAUGGAAGGGAAGAAGGAAUCCAGCUCAACCAAGCCAUCACCCCCCAGGCAAAGCCCUCAUUCUGCCAACACUUCUGAAAACGAUUCGAGUCACGUACGGAUUACUAUUCCAAUCAAGACUCCAGUAGUGGAGACACCUGGUCACAAAAGGAAGAAACGGCAGUCUGCAAAAGCCGUUGUCGACAAGAGUGUCCCAGAGAAAACCUCUCCUUCCGGGCAUCCUGUGAGCAGCAAUGUAGCCAGCAUGACUAAUGCACAGGCAGAGGUGUGCAAGAAAGACCUGCGAGUUACAAAGCAAGGGAAAGCAAUGGAAAGCGAGCCUCCGUUGGUACCAUUGGAAAGCAAUGAGAUAGUCAGCAAAUCUCCCGCGACCAACGCCACCAGGCUCAGAAAGUCCGCAGUUGUGACGUCUGCUUCAGUGACACACGUGACGUCUGCUUCCGUUACACACAAUGCCCCGACACCUUGCAAGCAGCCGGAGGUUCAGCACCCAAAGUUUGCAGCAAAGCGAAGGUGGACAUGUAGCAAACCUAAAAAUGUGCUCCGGGAACCAUCUCUAGGACUCCCUGAGAAACUGAUGGUAGAACCUCCCUCAGCUUAUCCCAUAACACCAUCCAGUCCUCUGUAUACCAAUACAGACAGUCUUACUGUGAUUACUCCCAUCAAGAAGAAGAGGGGGCGACCAAAGAAACAGCCUUUGCUCACUGUCGAAACCAUCCACGAAGGAACAUCCACCAGCCCAGUCAGCCCAAUCAGUCGGGAAUUUCCUGGCACGAAGAAGAGGAAGAGGCGGAGGAACUUGGUGAAGUUAGCCCAGAUGGCCCCCGGGGAAGAUACUAACACCAUCAGCGAGCUGAAAUUUCACAAGAAGGUUGGCAAGCUUGGUGUUCUUGAUAAGAAGACCAUCAAGACCAUUAACAAAAUGAAGAGCCUCAAGAGGAAAAACCUUUUGAGCCAGAUCUUAUCUUGCUCGAGUAGCAUAGCUCUGAAGAUGAAAACGCAGCCGCCAGCCAACACGGGGGCUCCCACCAUCGAUGCAAGACUUGGGAAGCAGAUAAACGUUAGCAAGAAGGGGACUAUCUACAUUGGUAAGAAAAGGGGAAGAAAGCCGAGAUCCGAGCUGCAGCCCCCACUGGAAGACCCGAAGACAGCCAUGAAACAUUUGAGGCCCGUAUCCAGCCAGCCAGAAAACCCAGCAGUGCCUUCUACCUUGCAGUCACUUGUGGCAUCAUCAUCACCAGCAGCCGUCCAUCCGCUCUCGACGCAGUUAGUGGGCUCUAACGGCAGCCUUAGCCCUGCCAGCACUGAAAUGAAUUUUUCAGAGUUAAAGACUAUGCCAAAUCUACAGCCCAUCAGCGCUCUUCCCACAAAAACCCAGAAAGGAAUACACGGCGGGACUUGGAAGCUGUCCCCACCCAGGCUCAUGGCGAAUUCUCCUUCCCACCUUUGCGAUAUAGGUUCCCUGAAAGAGGUCACGCUGUCUCCGGUGAGCGAAUCCCACAGCGAGGAAACUAUACCGAGCGACAGUGGGAUCGGUACCGACAACAACAGCACGUCCGACCAAGCGGAGAAGACUUCGGAAUCUCGCAGAAGAUACUCAUUCGACUUCUGCAGCCUGGACAAUCCAGAGGUCAUUCAGUCUGACACCAGCACUAAGAACAGGCACAGUCACCGGCAGAAGCAUCUCAUCGUUGAUAACUUUCUCGCUCAUGAGACUAUGAAGAAGCCAAAGCACAAGAGGAAGAGGAAGAACCUGCAGAACAGAGAUGACCUCCAGUUCCUUGCAGACCUGGAAGAGCUCAUCAGCAAGUUCCAAGUGUUCAGGAUUUCUCACCGUAGCUACACAUUUUACCACGAGAAUCCGUAUCCCAGCAUUUUCAGGAUUAACUUUGAUCAUUAUUACCCUAUGCCAUAUAUCCAGUAUGACCCUUUGCUGUAUCUUCGCAGGACGUCCGACAUGAAGUCUAAAAAGAAGCGUGGUAGACCUGCCAAAACCAAUGACACCAUGACGAAGGUGCCUUUCUUACAAGGGUUUGGUUACCCUAUUCCCAGUGGGAGUUACUAUGCACCCUAUGGAAUGCCUUACACAUCAAUGCCUAUGAUGAACCUUGGCUACUACAGUCAGUAUCCUGCUCCUUUGUACUUGUCUCACACACUCGGAGCAGCUUCCCCAUUCAUGAGGCCCACCGUGCCUCCUCCCCAGUUCCACACAAGCUCUCACAUGAAGAUGCCCAAUACUGCCAAGCAUAAAGUGAAGCAUGGGGUCCACCUGCAGACACCGGUAGGGAUUGGCCUUGGGGAUGUGCAUUCUUCCCUGACCUCUCCGAAGGCUGCAGGGACAAGCAUACCCAGUGGCCGACUUCACAAAAGGAAACACAAACAUAAGCACAAACACAAGGACGAGCGGAUAUUGGGGGCUCACGACGACCUGAGCAGUCUCUUCGCAAGCAAGUCCACUGGCUUCACCAGCCAUUCGGUCAGUGACAGAUUAAACGUCUCCGACAAAGAGCUCUCCUUGCUGGCGGAGAAGAGCAAGUAUAAGGAGAAACAGAAGCACCAGCAUUGCGAAACCAGUGGGCACAAGGUUUCCAAGAGCAACUUCGAAGUGGAUACCUUGUCUACGUUGUCUCUCUCUGACACCCAGCAGUGGGUGCAGAGCAAGGAUAAAAGUAACUCAAGCAAUGAUCCCAUGGACUCUUGCAUGAAGAGGUAUUCUGGGAACACUGACAGCAGCGCACGGUCCGAGUCCCUGGACGUCUUUGGCGAGAUGAAUUCCGUCAGCGAAAAGCGGGACAAUGAUGGGAGCAAAAGGAGAAGUUUCGAAGGGUUCGAAACAUACAGGGAGAAGGACCUCCAGACCUUCAGAACAAGCAGGAAGGACAGGAGCUGCUAUGACUCACUGACAGCUUCAGGGAUUGCCGGUUCGCAUCUAAAAGCAGACCAGACUUCGCUUCAUAAUAAAAACGAGGGUUCUGCUUCUUCUGUGAUGACCCGUCGAAAACCAGCAUCUCUUGAUAGUGUUGUGAUGUCCUCCACCCCAGUAUUAGCUCUUGCACCGUCGUCAACGGCAGCCGCCUCAGAAGCAGCCAGCUCGCCGCUCAAGAAGCGAUUCAAGCGCUGCGAGAUCGAAGCGAUCCAGUGCGAGGUGCGCAAGAUGUGCAACUACAACAAGAUCCUCUCCACCAAGAAGAACCUGGAUCACGUCAACAAAAUCCUGAAAGCCAAGCGGCUGCAGAGACAAUCAAAGACGGGCAAUAACUUUGUCAAGAAGAGGCGGGGGCGGCCACGCAAGCAGCCCCUCUCCUUCGACGAAGACUUCAGAGACCAAAUGCCAGUUUUGGAGAAAUGCGUCGACCUGCCUUGCAAACGAGGCCAGAGGUUCGCGCUGAACCCUUUGAUACUGGAACAAACAGCCAACAGCCACGAUGCCAUCGCAGCCACCAUUGAGGCCGUGAUACACAUGGCCCGAGAGACGUCUCAACCGCCGCCACCUCCUCCUCCUCCUUCACGGACGCCGAAAGUCGGGAAGAGGAAAAGCAAAGCGCAGCGGCACGCAGAGGACGAAGUGAAGGUGAAAAGGCACCGGAAAACUAGAGGGUGUGAAAGUGAAGCCCUCCCCUAGUAAUGGACGUGGCCAAUCAAAAGACACAGUGCUGGGUGGUUUAGCGCCCUACGACCAAGGGACCAGGGUGCUCAGAUGGGCAGGUCUGCUUGGCAUCCUCCGCAGCAUCAGACUUGCUCUGUAUUUCAGUAGCGCAGCAGCCGUUUAAAAAAAAAAAUCAGAUGGGAAUGAC